UCUCCUCGCUUGAAGAUGGCCGGCGGGACUUUGUACACAUACCCUGAUAACUGGAGGGCAUACAAACCCCUCAUCGCUGCCCAGUAUUCAGGGCUUCCCAUCAAGGUCGCUUCCUCGCCUCCAGAAUUUCAAUUUGGCGUAACAAAUAAGACACCAGAAUUCCUUAAGAAAUUCCCACUUGGCAAGGUCCCAGCGUUCGAGGACGUUGACGGCUUCUGUCUGUUUGAAAGCAGUGCUAUCGCUCACUAUGUGGGUAACGAUGAACUCCGUGGAACAUCCCGUGUACACCAGGCUUAUAUCAUUCAGUGGGUCAGCUUCUCUGAAAGCCACAUUGUCCCACCAGCUAGUGCCUGGGUGUUCCCAACACUGGGCAUUAUGCAAUACAACAAGCAGGCAACAGAACAGGCCAAGGAGGAGGUGAAGCAUGUGCUGGCUGCACUAGAUUCCCAUCUGCAGACACGAACCUUCCUGGUUGGCGAGAGAAUCACUUUGGCUGACAUUAAUGUAGUGUGCUCACUCCUGUGGCUUUACAAACAGGUUUUGGAUCCGUCCUUCCGCCAACCAUUUGGCAAUGUCACACGAUGGUUUGUAACUUGUGUAAAUCAGCCACAGUUCCGUGCCGUGCUUGGAGAGGUGAAGCUCUGUGACAAAAUGGCUCAGUUUGAUGCUAAGAAGUUUGCAGAGCUUCAGCCGAAGAAAGAAACCCCCAAGAAGGAGAAACCACCAAAGGAGCCAAAGAAAGAAAAGGAAGAAAAGAAGCAGCCUCCUGCUCCAGCUCCUGAGGAGGAAAUGGAUGAGGCAGACCAGGCUUUGGCAGCAGAGCCCAAAUCAAAGGACCCAUAUGCCCACCUCCCUAAGAGCCCUUUUGUUAUGGAUGAAUUCAAGAGGAAAUAUUCUAAUGAAGACACCCUGACUGUGGCUCUUCCUUAUUUCUGGGAACAUUUUGACAAAGAAGGAUGGUCAAUCUGGUACUCUGAGUAUCGCUUCCCUGAUGAACUGACUCAGGCAUUCAUGAGCUGCAAUCUCAUUACAGGUAUGUUCCAGCGACUGGACAAGCUACGUAAAACUGCCUUUGCCAGUGUCAUUCUCUUUGGCACCAACAAUGACAGUACUAUCUCCGGAGUGUGGGUAUUCCGAGGUCAUGACCUUGCAUUCACACUGAGCGAGGACUGGCAAAUUGACUAUGAAUCCUACAACUGGAGGAAACUGGAUUCCGAUAGUGAGGAGUGCAAAACUCUUGUGAAGGAAUAUUUCUCAUGGGAGGGAGACUUCAAAAAUGUAGGAAAGCCUUUCAACCAGGGCAAAAUCUUCAAGUGAGGUCCUCAAGGAGGGCAAGCAGAACUGUCAUCUAGAGAAAUGUGGAGAUGCAUUGAAAAAUGUUCUCUUCAUGCCCAACGUUUUAAUUUAACAAAGGCGAUAAACGGAAAAUAAACUCAGUCAAAAAAAAAAUAAA